AUGGACCCUUCAAGAGACCCAAAUUUUAUUCCGCCAUCAGAAAUUGAAAACGAAGAUAUUAAAAUAUCUCCUUUGGCACCAAAAUCUGAUAUUCCUAAAGCAGUACCAAUACGACCAAUUGUAUUAGCUGACUAUAAUUAUGGUAUAGACGCUCCUUUUCAUCCACAUACACAUGAUCAGAGAAGAAGAGAAAUCAACGAGCAUAGAAAAGAUUCUAAUGUGAAACAUGGCAUUAUUCCCAGAGUCCAUAAUGACCUACAAACAAAUACACCCUCUCCAGAAUCAGAAGACUCGAACGAAGAGGAACAAGAUGACGGGUCUGCCACCAAGGAUACUAGUAAAAACAAUCACGACAAAAUUCACAAGACUCACGAUUUUUUCCAUUACAAUGAGAACCCAUACUUGAAGAUUAAUAAGGAUCAAAUUGCUGACUUAGAAGAAGUUCCCCACGGUGUAGUCCGCCAAGCUUCAACGUUAGCCGAAUACGAGUUUCCUACCCAUAGAUUACAAAAAAAACUAAGUAGUCCAAACAAAUUCCCACUAGUUAUCGUCGCUUGCGGUUCCUUUAGCCCUAUCACUUAUUUGCAUCUGCGCAUGUUUGAAAUGGCGUUAGAUUCAAUUAGUGAACAGACAAGAUUUGAAGUGGUUGGUGGAUAUUACAGUCCUGUCAGUGAUAAUUAUCAAAAACCGGGAUUAGCACCCUCCAAUCAUAGGGUGCGUAUGUGCGAGCUAGCCAGUGAAAGAACUAGUAAUUGGUUGAUGGUAGACGCUUGGGAAUCUUUACAGCCUGAAUAUACUAGAACAGCCAAAGUUUUGGAUCAUUUCAAUGAAGAAAUAAACUUGAAAAGGGGUGGUGUUCAAACUAUAACUGGUGAAAAAAUAGGUGCCAAGAUUAUGUUAUUGGCUGGUGGUGACUUGAUUGAAAGUAUGGGUGAGCCUAAUGUUUGGGCAGAUGCUGAUUUACAUCAUAUUUUGGGUAAUUACGGGUGUCUUAUUGUGGAAAGGACCGGUACUGACGUUAGAAGUUUUUUAUUGUCUCAUGAUAUUAUGUACGAGCAUCGUAGAAAUAUAUUGGUUAUUAAGCAACUCAUUUACAAUGAUAUUUCUUCUACCAAAGUCCGUCUUUUUAUUAGAAGAGGUAUGAGUGUGCAAUAUCUUUUGCCCAAUAGUGUAAUUAGGUAUAUCCAAGAACAUGGAUUGUAUAUUAAUACAAGCGAAUCUGUCAAAAAUGUGUUGAGUAAUAAAGAUUAA